GAGACGACGGACCGCAGGCUCCCCACGGAGGCGCCGGCCGUGAGAAGGGUCGGGGCGGCCAGGAGAUCGGCAGACUGGACGACGCCGAGCCGCUCUACGAGCGUAUCGUAAACACCCGGGAAGACACGCUGGGGCGAGAUCACCCCAGCACCCAGGUCGCGCGACGGAAUUUGACGACUCUGCGAGGGCUGAGGCGGGGAGACUGA